UACAAUUCUCAGGUCUCCUCUCUUUUGUGUGUGUUAAUUUCUAAUCACCUGUCCCAGUUAAAUGGGCUGAUAAGAUUUGUUUGACUUUAUUGUAACCCAAUAAUUUGGCUAAAAAGGAAAGACCAAGAGAAGGGGGGCUUUGAAGAUGCCAUCAAACAUCUACCACAUCUAUCAAGGACAGUUUCAGGAUCGCUGUGACCUUUCCAUCGUGCACAACACUGCAAAAGGUCAAGAGUCCAUUCAUUGUCCUCUGCUCCUUCCUGAACAGAUGGUCGAGGUUAGAGAGUGUCAUCACAUCGGAGAGAGGAUUAGAGGAGAGAGGUUGUCCUCCAGGAGCUGUGUGGUCCCCCCUACUCUUCAACCCAAAAUUCAAACACCAAGACACAAACCCCUCUAUGAGCGAAGGAAGAACCAGUGAAGAGACGCAAGGAGAAAACUCAGAGAGAGGAAUCUUAGCCUUUCCCUCUCACUCGGCCAGCACUCUGCUCUCCUGUCUUCCAGACUCACGCGCGGCUGUGAGAGCGCCACUGGUGUGAGUGAGUGGCCUGGCUGGACCUCUUCUCUCUCCAUCCACCUCGCCAUUUGUCCUCUCGCCUACCUAUCCCCUUCCUCUGUCUCAAGCACCAUGCUGGUGCAAUGGCUCGCCUGUUUGGCCCUCUUGUCUCUGGGCUGGGCUCCAGGCAGUUUGGCCUUCACUACCACCAGAGCUCAGAGCUUGAGGGGUCGUAUCCAGAGAGACCGCAGGAACAUCCGUCCCAACAUCAUCCUCAUCAUGACGGACGACCAGGAUGUGGAGCUGGGUUCUUUACAGGUGAUGAAUAAAACUCGUAAGAUCAUGGAGGACGGAGGCACUACUUUCACCAAUGCCUUUGUUACCACACCCAUGUGCUGCCCGUCACGCUCCUCCAUGUUGACGGGCAAGUAUGUCCACAACCACAACACCUACACCAACAAUGAGAACUGUUCCUCCCCAUCGUGGCAAGCCCAGCAUGAGCCACGCUCGUUUGCAGUCUAUCUCAACAACACUGGCUACAGGACAGCCUUCUUCGGCAAAUACCUCAACGAGUACAAUGGCAGCUACAUCCCACCUGGGUGGCGGGAAUGGGUCGGGCUGAUCAAAAAUUCCCGCUUCUAUAAUUACACCGUCUGUCGGAAUGGUUACAAGGAGAAACAUGGUGCAGAUUAUGCCAAGGACUAUUUCACUGAUCUGAUCACCAACGAUAGCAUCAACUUUUUCCUCAUGUCCAAGAAGAUAUACCCACACCGUCCUGUGAUGAUGGUUAUCAGCCAUGCUGCCCCUCAUGGCCCAGAAGACUCAGCACCGCAGUACUCCGAGCUCUUCCCUAAUGCCUCGCAGCACAUUACCCCCAGCUACAAUUACGCCCCAAAUAUGGACAAGCACUGGAUCAUGCAGUACACAGGCCCCAUGAGACCCAUCCACAUGGAGUUUACCAACUUCCUUCACAGGAAGAGGCUGCAGACCCUCAUGUCUGUGGAUGACUCAGUGCAGAAGGUUUAUGACAUGCUAGUGGAAACUGGAGAGCUGGACAAUACUUACAUCAUCUAUACUGCCGACCACGGCUACCACAUUGGUCAGUUUGGCCUGGUCAAGGGCAAGUCCAUGCCUUACGACUUUGACAUCCGAGUGCCCUUCUUCCUGAGAGGACCCAACGUGGAGCCAGGGGCAGUCAAUCCUCAUCUGGUCCUGAACAUUGACCUGGCUCCCACAAUUCUCCACAUUGCCGGGCUGGACACCCCGCCAGACAUGGAUGGAAAGUCCAUCCUUAAGCUGCUGGAGCAAGAGAAGACUGGCAACAGAUUCAAACCCAACCGGAAACCCAAAGUCUGGAGGGACACAUUCCUGGUGGAACGAGGAAAAAUCCUAAGGAAGAAAGAUGACUCGGUGAACACGCAGCACACCAACAGCCUGCCGAAGUACAAGAAGGUCAAAGAGACGUGCCAGCAGGCCGAAUUCCAGACACCCUGUGAACAGCCUGGACAGAAGUGGCACUGUGUGGAGGAUAUCACAGGGAAGUGGAGGAUCCAGAAGUGUAAGGGUGGUGGGUUGAAGCAGAGCUCCAGGAAAAAGGCCCGCAGCCUCAGACCCCACAGCAGUUAUGACACCCGAGAGAGGGGCUGCAACUGUGGGGACCCUCUCUACAAGCCCUCCCGGGCAGACCGCCGCGCCCACCGUCAGUUCCCUCCAUUGUCUAGCCAACGUUAUCGGCCACGUUUUGUCCACACCCGGCCUGCCAGGUCUCUGUCUGUUGAGUUUGAAGGUCAGAUAUAUGACAUUGACCUGCAGGCAGAUGAUCAGUCAGCUGUCCGACGCCGUGUCAUCUCAAAGCGCCACUACAACGCAGAAGACCCAGAGUUCAACCUGGGGUCGGAUGAUGGCUCAGAGGAAAUGCUGGCGGAUGACACCAAUGCGGUUGGAUACCCAAACUCUGUGAAAGUCACCCACAAGUGCUACAUCUUGAUGAAUGACACUGUCCACUGUGAGAGAGAAAUCUACCAGUCCUCCAGAGCGUGGAAGGACCAUAAGAGCUAUGUGGACCAGGAGAUUGAAGCACUUCAAGACAAAAUCAAAAACCUUCGGGAAGUAAGAGGGCAUCUAAAGAGGAGACGACCAGAUGAAUGUGACUGUGGAAAAAGGAGCUACUAUAGCAAAGGAGACAGAAACAAGGCAGAGAGAUUGAAGAACAAGAAUGAUCAACUACAUCCAUUUAAGGAGGCUGCACAGGAGGUGGACGGCAAGGCCCAACUGUACAACGAGAUCCGGAGAAGGAAGAAGGAGAGGAAGGAGAGGAAGAGGCAGAGGAAGGGCGAUGACUGCAGCCUGCCCGGUCUCACAUGCUUUACCCACAACAAUGACCACUGGCAGACUGCCCCCUUCUGGAACUUGGGCGGAUUCUGUGCGUGUACCAGCUCCAACAACAACACCUACUGGUGCCUGAGGACCAUCAACGAGACCCACAACACACUGUUCUGUGAGUUUGCCACUGGCUUCCUGGAGUAUUUUGACCUCAACAGUGACCCGUACCAGCUGACCAAUGCGGUGUAUGAAGUGGAUCGAGACGUUUUGAACACUCUCCAUGCCCAGCUGAUGGAGAUGAGGAGUUGUCAAGGGCACAAGCAGUGUAGCCCUCGCCCAAAAGGCCUGGAUACAGCACACAGCCAAUAUGGGACGGACGACAAGGUUAAACUACCUAACUUGACAGAGGAGGAGGUGGACUGGCAGGGACUGGAGGAUCUGUACAGCAUCAACGAAAGCCUAUACGAAUGUAGGCCUGACUACAGCCCCAGCCCGGACGACUGGGCCAACUUCCAGAAGGAUGUAGAUAAUAUGUUUGCACUGCGACACGUUUUUAAGAAAUUCAACCAAACCCAUAAGCUUGACGACUCCUCCCUGCCAGAGCUGGGCUCCGGGGCCGGGGGCCUUGAAGAGGGCAGUGGAAGAGAGUUGGCCCCAACCAGGGACGUCUGGCCCAGCCUGGUCACGGAGGCUCACCUCACCACCCCCGCUCCCACCAGAACACCGUCACCAGUACCCACACCCAGGCCCACAGCGCAGAGGAAACUGGAAUCUGUUGUGAACGACCUUCCCGAGAGGCCUGCAGACAGAGCCGUGGUGUCUGUGAUGUCACCGUCAUCGGCGGUGAUAUCCUCAUCAGUUCCGAGGAGGGGCGUGCCCACUGUCCGCAGUGACAUGUGGGCCCAGCAGCUGGAGGAGAUGGACGGAGAAGGACAGGUGUUUAGUGGGAAUGGACUGACGGAGCUGGAGACGCAACACGACCUCCUGCUGCGCACUCACAACAGCCUGCAAGGCCAGCUGGAGCCUGGCCUGGGCCACCGAGAGACAGCUGGCCCCGAGCAGAGCCCGGGGCUGGGCCUGGAACCUGAGGAAGAGGAGGACAUAUUCCAGGCCCAAGGCUACCUCCCUUUCUCCCCACAGACACUGAGGCCCAAGGUGCAGGCCAGCACCACCGGGAGCCCCCCCACCCUGCACACUGGCACCCCCCAGAGUGUACGUGUGGCACUACAGGUGCCACCUCGACAGGCGCUGCCCCUCACCCUGGACUAUGAGGGCAGCGGCUCCCUGUCCCAGCCCUCCAAUCAGACCCUCUGAGGCAGACGCAUGUGCUGCUGGUUGUCACAGAGACACAGUGACUGGGAGAUGAGCUCACCAACGGCGGGUGACAUUGCCUCAGUCAAGAGUCAGAGCUGUAUUAUGAGUAUUAAAGUUAAUGUUUAUUUUUUUACAAGUGCUUCCAUUUAUUAGUAAACAGUGUUAUGUUUUUUUUUUUUUUUCCAAAUAUAUAUUUACAAAAGAAAAAGCCUUAACGCAGCUAAACUUGAGUAUUGGAAUUAAAUAUGUUUAAUUCCAAAUGGAUAACACCAUUGAUGUUUUUAAUAUAUAUUUUUUAUGAAAAACUGAUUAUUAGAGUGGUGAAACCAUUUCAGCGUCUGAAUGGAUAGUCAGCAUAGCCACCUUUUAGGUACGCUGCAGUCUUGGAACAGACUAGUCAUCCUACCCAAUCACAGUGCACUCCAUCAUCAAAAGUAACCACUCAUGAAUUAGAUAUCGGCAACAUUUUGACCCCAAAUGCACUUUUUGAACAUUUCUACAAAAUGACUGACCUUCCACAGUUUGUGGCUUUGAAAAAUGUGUCCACUGUGAAAUCAGAUUUUAUGAAAUGAUUAUUUCUAUUGACUGCUUUCUAAAACUAAGAUGAAAACUGGAUUGUCACUUCUGAAAAAGUUACAAAAUGGACAUAGAUUAUGCAAUGACUACAUCAUGAAUAUCUUGUGCAACAAUUAUUCACAUUUUCACAUGGUUCUGUUUAUUGUAGUUAAACUUGAAAUCCUCAACCUCCUCGGAUUACCAGACGGGUGAAAUUUAUCACAUAUAGCAAUAUGAAAACCAGUUUAGACAAUCAUGGGAAAGUCUGUGAUAGUAACUUUAUGAUACUUUUAAGAUUGACUGACAGCCUUGGAAUGACCCAGCUGCAGCAAACACAACCUGUCUGGUACUUUGAGCAGGUGGGAAAAUGGCACAGGUUUUUUUUUUUUUUUUUUUGCAAACAUUUGUCUCUUUAGUCACACCACUGCACCUGCUCUUGCUCUGCAGAACUGCACGUGUCACUGCUCACGUUUAUUUUAACAAAGAUUUAUUGCUCAUUCCAAGCAAAAGCUUACACAAUCACGGGGGGUGAGAAAACAUUUGUUCAUUGUGUAACUUUUUUUUUUGAAAUGUCACCAAUUAAUCUUGUGCUGUAUGUUGUAGUGCUUUGAUAAUCGAGAAUUUAGUGUUGCACAUGGCCAAUUCACUUUGAAUGUAAUCGUAUAGUCCCAUAAAACUGGUUAUGACAGUACACUGUUACAGCUUUGUCUGACAGUAUAGUCAAUAUAUACACAGCAGGCACGGCCUCAAAUUAAAUACUCCAAGGUCAUUGAUUUAAGACAUCCUGUUCAAGUACGCUAAUCUGCCAGUGGGUUUUCUCUGUUACUGGGUGGCACUUCUCGGUGCCACUCAGUAGCAACACAGAUGUUCCCUCUCUGAAACUCGGUACUGUUAUUUUCUUUCUUGACAAUGUGUGUAUGAGUAUUAAAACAACUCUGGUUUCAGGAAAGCCAUGAAGCUGUUAAGAAAUAAACCCUUCCAACCUUCAU